AUGCCUUCUAAAAAGUCAGGUCGUAAAACAAAAGCCGUUGCUUCGAGGAAGCCUGAGGUUGCGGAGAAAAAGGAGAAAAUCUAUUUUGAAGAUGCUUCCACUUCAUUGCUUGAACGGAAACGAGAAAACGAUAAUGAGGUGAUUAAAAGAGUGCGUGAGAUGAAAAAUCAAUUAUUCCCGAGCAACAAUGGUCCGGGUGAGCGAGAGUCGACAGCUCCAUCUCCAACAAUCAAUUUAAUCACAAAUCCUUCAAUGGAUCAAGUCGAAACUCCGAAACUCUUUCAACAGGCAAAAGAAGCGGGAAACGAGCUGACAGAGGCUUUCAAACGAAUAGCCGAUCAGUAUAAU